AGGUGCCGUGCCUGGCCCCCCUCGCGGCUCAUUAUGGAUGCCACCUCCUCCUUCUCCUAGUCCUCCUCUUCUUCCACAACUCACUGUUGUGUUCUGUACAGUGGACUCCUCUCCUGUACCUCCGGUUCUCCCCCAGGCCACGCGGAGGUGCAGCGUCUCCCCAGCGAGGGGAGCUGUGGUUCAGGCCAAGGUCAGACGGUGUCCGGGCUACAGGGGGACCUGGGCGUUGGAGGCCAGCGACCAGGAGAGAGGAGGAGAAAUGAGACCCGCCAGGAGGGAAGCGAUCCACGUGCUGUGGCUGGUGGUCUGUCUGCUAGAGACGGCGCCGGGGGUCGAAGGUGAAGAGCGUGGCUAUCUGCAGGAGGCUCUGGGCACCUUGGGUCUGUCGGACCCCGGGGGAGGACCUCCUCAGCUCCAGAAGGCCCAGCUCGGUGUGCUCUCCGGCAGGGCGCUACGGGCCGUGCACUGCGGGGAACUGAUGGGUGGCCCCCAGGACGGCUGCGACCAGUGCCUGAGGCCCGCCGUGGUCCUCUCCGCCCUGGAGGACGACGGGGAGGUGUACAUCGGGGAGGAGAACUACGCCCGCGUCGCCACGGUGACACUCUAUUACAUCAUCCACAUGGCCGACCUGUGCGUCUCCAACGCCGCGUCCUCCUCGUCCUCACUCUCCGCCGCACCUCCCCCAGACUUCUCCUUCUAUGUCCUGGCCCUCGCCAACCUCAGCCCUGAUCAGGAGGACCCGCACCUCCUGUCCACCGCGGAGGUCCGCAGCAUCCUCCAGGUCAUCAACCAGAACUACCAACCAGCUUCUCCUCGCACACAGUGUGUCGACGCCGGUCACCUGAUGGAAGAGGCUGGAGGAAAGGAGGAGGUCUUGGGUCUCGCUUCCUCUUCCUCGGUGUCCCGGCUGGCGGCCGCCAUCUUGACCCACCUCCUGCUGGGCGACUGUUUCAGCCGGACAGACCUCCCGCCGCCUGCCUUCUUCACCGACUACAUCUUCCAGGCUCUCAACUGCACCACGGACCUCCACCUUGUGGAAUUGGAGGACCUGCUUCACCAACUAGGAGUGGGAGGAGGAGGAGCUAACCACACCAAUGCUAGAAAUAGUCGGGGCCUAACAGGCUCCUCCCAGGAAAAGGCGGGGCCUCACCAGGAAGAAUUCAGCCAUCAGACUAUAACCGCUGCAGACUGGACAGCGUCAUGCUUUUCGGCCUAUCAGCUGGUGGAUAUUUUUGCCAUGGAUUCUCGUUCGCCGAUCUCAAAAGACAGCUUCAGCCAUAUAUGUCCGGCCAUCAUCCAGCAGUUGCUAGGAAACGCCUGUCAGUCUUCAGAGCAGGCGUCCAGAGCAGCUCCGCCCACUGCCAUGGAGAAGUAUGGCUACAGUACCGCGGCCGUUCUGCUCAUCACGCUGGGCUCCAUGUUUGGUAUCUGCCUGAUCUCCUUCAGCUCCUGCCAGCAGACCUACCAGCUACUGCUGCAGCUGUUUGUAGGCCUAGCUGUGGGCACGCUGUCUGGGGACGCCCUGCUGCACCUCAUCCCACAGGUCCUUGGCGUGCAUGGUGGUCACGGUCAUGGAGCUGAGGAGGGGAAGGAGUACCUCUGGAAAGUUCUGGGGGUCAUCGCUGGAAUCUAUGGUUUCUUCCUGCUGGAGAAACUCUUCUCCGUCCUGGUUCCAUCUCACGGACAUGGCCAUUCACACGACAGGCCUCUGGAGCUGAACUGCAACGAGCAAUCAGAGAGGGACAAGUCCAUCUCCACCAUGCAGCUGGUGAGCCUGUUGUCCCUCUGGGUUUCCUUUCUUUCGUCCCCCCCCCCCGUCCCCCCCCCUCCAGGGCGCCCGGUGCCGCUGCUUGCCGUCAUGGUCGUCGUGGGCGACAGCCUUCAUAACUUUGCCGAUGGUCUGGUCGUCGGCGCCGCCUUCUCCUCCUCCGCCGAGAGCGGCAUGGCAACCACUGUGGCCAUCCUCUGCCAUGAAAUCCCCCACGAGAUGGGAGACUUUGCGGUGCUGCUGAACGCCGGGCUGUCGGUGAAGACGGCGGUGCUGAUGAACUUCCUGAGCGCCCUCACUGCCUUCCUGGGCCUCUACAUCGGCCUGUUCGUCUCCACGGAGACCACGGUGCAGCAUUGGAUCUUCAGCGUCACCGCCGGCAUCUUCCUCUACCUCUCGCUGGUGGAGAUGCUUCCUGAGAUGAACCGGGCACGGAGCGAGCGACCAGGGCUCCAGUUCCUCAUGCAGAACGCAGGACUCCUGUUGGGCUGGGGCUGCCUGCUCCUCCUGGCCCUGUACGAACACCAGCUCUCCUUCUAACACACACACACACACACACACACACACACACACACACACACACACACACACUCACACUCACACUCACACUCACACACACACACUCAACGUUUCUCCUUCCUACAAAUACACCUACACACAUCAGAACAUGUAAACAGAAUAUGCAGAACUAAACAAAUGUUGGGAUAAUCUAAAAAAAGCUUUUUUGCUUUUCUAAAUUUAGUUUCUUAUUUUGUGGCUACCGAAACCAGUAGAUAGAUCUAGAAUGAUAUUUUACAUCUCUAUCUAUUUAUAUAUGUUGGGUUGCAGUUUUAUGAAGUGCCUCAGAUACAUGGAAGAAUAUUGGAUCCAUAUGUUUGCCAGUUUGUUCUGAGAAUCAAUUAAAUGUGUAUUUUCAACAGUUUGACCUGCCUUUGUUCUGAAAAGUAGAUUCUGGAGGGAACAGGUACUUUGCUAAGUAUUAUAGAGGUACUGUCGGGUAUUCUCUGAUGUGAAACGUGAGGCAUUGCCAAGAAAACAGGAGAGGUCAGACAUGAAGGAACCCCAACGAUGGAGUACCACUCAGUUCCCUCCAGUCCUCGGACUCCAGGUCAGGUACCGGGGCACGCCUCCCUUCUCCUCCUCCCCUCCUCUACUCCU